CGUGGGGUCUGAGAGGGGAGCUAGAAGAGACUACAAGGUCUGGGGAGAUGAGGGAAAGGAACAGGAUGGGACUAUCCUGUGAUCUCCUUUAGGGGAGGGAAGCAAGGAGGGACAGGACACGGUUCCCCCCCCAAGGAAGCAGUGAUGAAGAUGUGCAGGAGUGGGGGGGCUCACCAAGCAGAGCUGGAGAAGGAGAAGGGCGGGAAGGACCGGGCAGGGAGUCGGGGGGGCUCAGAUCCCGCCGGUGCACCUGGGGGAGCAGGAGGCGGUGGUGAAUAUUUUACUCUAAAUCAAACAAUAGGACCAGAGCCGCUCCAAUGAUUUUGCAGAAUGCGUUUGGUCGGAGACAGGGGAAGGACUGGAGGGAAUGAGAUAAGACCCCCGAAAAUUUCUGUGUCCCGUCUCACCCCCACCCUCAAUCCCCCUCUGGCCUGAGCAGCACUCGAGGGUUCCCGGAGGAGCGCUACCCGCUCCAUCCCACCUCCGGCGCCUCAGCCCCGGGAGGGCUGGGCGGUGAUGGACGGAGAGAGGGGGGCGGGCAGGGGGGGCGCAAAUCGGGGAUUGGAGGGGGAUUAGAAAGAAACAGAUCGGGGCGGGAGUGACAACGACGCCGCCGGGGGUGGUCUUGGCGUGGGAGAUGGCGCGGGGGACAGGCUGGCAGUGACCGGCGCUGCCGAUGCAGGCUGGGCUUCACUUACCGGGAGCCGUCCCGACUCCACCCGUGAGCGGCCGGAGCCCACGCGUGCCCCAGGCGCUCCGCUCCUUCCACCUGCCGCCCCCCCAGCCCUCCGCCCCGACUGGCGACCCCACGAGCGCGGCACGUCCCGCGUGGGUCUCGCUGCACUCCCAGGGACCAAAUCCUUUUCCCAGCCCGACAAACCCCACCAGCUCCGCCGUCUCCUGCCUCCUCCGGUCUCCCGGUCGGCUCUGGAUCUUGCUUCCCACUCGGGUCCCCGUGGGGAGCAAGGCUGGGGGAGCGGCUGGGGCCGGCGGUUCCCUUCCCAACGGGGACCGGUAAGCAGAGACAAAGGCGGUGAAAUAUCAGUGCCCGGCUAAAGCGGCUCCGAGCCCCUUCGAGCCUUUAACUAGAUCGUUAGGGGAUUAUCCGCACCCUGAGCAGCGGCGGGGCGGGGGCAGCGGCCGCCCCGUCCCGUUACCGAGCGCCCCCGGGGACGGCGACGGUGGGAGGCGACUCACGGAGCUGCCCGGGCGCGGCGGCGGCUGGAGACGGGUCUGCGGGGAGAACGGAUCGGCCAGCGGAGGGACCGUGAGCGGUACCGGGGCGGGAGGGGAAGGGGGGCGCAGGGGCCGCCGUCUGUCGCGCUUCGGGGGCCGGCGGGGGACCCGCGGCUCGCUCUGCUCCCGCCUCCCCCUCGCCUUCCGCGGGGGGCGGAAAGUUUGUGCCCGCGGUGGAGGCAGCGCUGGGGGCGUGGGGAGGCAGAUCCUGGGGUACCCGGGCAGGAUCUUGCGCCGCGGCUGACACUGGGGUGCCCGGUGUGGGAGCGGGAUUUGGGACGCGGGGCUGUGGGCAAGCGGGGUGUCGGGGGUGGGAAGGAGGCAGGGAAAGAAGAGGGGGGGGUCUCUGUGCCUCCGCGCUGAUGGGCUCAGCUUUAUCCAGGGCUGUAAUCCCCCUGCUCCUGUAAUUAAAAACUCCGCAUUACAAGGAAAACGGUGUGCAGGGAAAUGUAAUCAAGUCUGGAGGGGCUUAACCAUCUGGUAAAGGUUAGGACCGGCACGGCGGGGGACGCGGCCGGGGGAUUUGGCAGCAGCCGCGAUCUGGGCUCCUCUUAAUCUACCGCGGGUCCGAACGCAGCAUCUGCGGGGUAAUACCGGUGCCCCGGGCAGCCAUCGGUCUUGCUGGAGCUCCCACCGCCGUUAACGGGAUCUCCCCGAAGGUGAUCCCCUCCUCAGGUGCGUCUGGCUCCGGUAAACAGGUUCUGCUGCGGCCCCGGGACCCGGAUUGCAGCCCCUUGCGGGGGCCAGCAAAGAAAGGGUUAAGCCACUGCCGGUGGCCGCGGUUCGGCCCCGCAGCUCCGGGCAAGGCCCUCCUCCGCCGCCCCCGGGAGCCCUAAACUCUUUGAAAGUGCAAGAGGCAAGCGAAGGCGAGGGCGGAGGCGGCGGCGCGGGUGCGACUCCUCGUUCCCGGGGCUGCCGCGGGGCCAUGGGGGCCGGAGCAGGCUCCGGGCGGGGGCAGCUCUUCCUCCGCUCCCUCCUCUUCCUCCUGUUGGCCGGACCCCCGGGGCGCCACCCGGCGCGGGGGCAGCUGCGUUACGCCGUGCCGGAGGAGCUGGAGCACGGAGCCUUCGUGGCCAACCUGGGUGAGGACCUGGGACUGGAUGUGUCCACCCUGUCAGCGCGGAGGUUCCGCAUCGUGUCUCGGGCCGGGGCCAGGCAGCACCUGGAGGUGAACCUGGAGAACGGGAUCCUCUUUGUGAACGAGCGGAUUGACCGGGAGGAGGUGUGCGAGGCCGGGGGGACCUGCCUGCUCCAUCUGCAGCUCCUCGUCGAGAGCCCACUGGAGCUCUACCGCGUCGAGGUGGAGGUGCUGGACAUCAACGACCACGCACCCACCUUCCCUUGGCAGGAAUACGUGCUGGAGGUGGCUGAGUCUGCCGUGCUCGGUGCUCGCUUCCCACUGGAGAGCGCCCAGGAUCCUGAUGUGGGCACCAACUCCGUGCACACCUACCGCCUCAGCCCCAAUGGCUUCUUUUCACUCGAGGUGCAGACACGCAGUGAUGCCAGCAAGUUUGCGGAGCUGGUGCUGGAGCGUGCCCUCGACCGUGAGCAGCAACGUGUGCACCGGGUGCUGCUCACUGCUCUCGACGGCGGCGUCCCCGAACGCUCAGGCACGGCGCACAUCCUCGUCACGGUGCUGGACGCCAAUGACAACGUGCCUGCCUUUGACCAGCCCUCCUACGGUGUGAGCCUUCCUGAGGAUGCUCCUGCUGGCACUCUGGUCAUCCAGCUCAAUGCCACUGACCUGGAUGAGGGCCCCAACGGGGAGAUUGAGUACUCCUUCAGUGGGCACGCACCGCCGCGUGUCCGGGAGCUCUUCCACGUGGAGCCCCGGAGCGGGCAGGUGCUGCUGAAGGGCCGCCUGGACUAUGAGCGGGCCAGCCUCCACGAGCUCUACGUGCAAGCCAAGGACCGCGGGCCCUCGGCUGUGGCUGUGCACUGCAGGGUGCUUGUGCACCUCCUUGAUGUCAAUGACAAUGCGCCGGAGGUGACCCUCACCUCUGUGUCCACACCCGUGCUGGAGGAUGCCCCCCCAGGCACAGUGAUCGCUGUCAUCAGUGUUCUGGACCGGGACUCUGGGGACAACGGGCGUGUGAGCUGUGAGGUCGGCCCCAAUGUGCCAUUCGAGCUCCGCUCCUCCUUCCGGAACUACUACACGCUGGUCACCACGCAAGCGCUGGACCGCGAGGUCGUGCCCGAGUACAACGUAAGCAUCACGGCUCGAGACAUGGGCUCGCCUGCCCUGCUGACCCACAGCACCCUCACCAUCCCCGUGUCUGAUGUGAACGACAACGCUCCGCGCUUCCUCCAGCCCUCCUACAGCGUCUAUGUGAUGGAGAACAACGCGCCAGGUGCUUCCAUCUGCUCUGUCAGCGCAUUAGACCCUGACUGCCAGCAAAACGCCUACCUGUCCUACUCCAUUGCCGAUGGGCACAUCCAUGGCAUGCCUGUGGGCACCUACGUGUCUAUCAACUCAGACAGCGGGCACAUGUACGCCCUGCGCUCCCUCGACUACGAGCAGAUCCGCAGCUUCCAGAUCCAGGUGCAAGCGCAGGACGCGGGGUUUCCCCCACUCAGUGCCAACGUCACCGUCCACAUCUUUGUGCUGGACCAGAACGACAACGCUCCGGUCAUCGUUUCCCCCAUGCCGCGCAACGGCUCCGUUGCCACUGAGCUGGUGCCGCGAUCGGCCAGGCCUGGCUACCUCGUGGGCACGGUGUCGGCUGUGGAUGCGGACGCGGGGCUGAACUCUCGCCUCUCCUACCAGCUCCUCCAGGCUACUGACUUCACCCUCUUCAGCCUGACGCCCGACACGGGGGAGCUGCGCACGCUCCGCUCCUUUCUGGAGCAGGAUGCCAGCCGGCAGCAGCUGGUGGUGCAGGUGCGGGAUGGUGGGCAGCCAGCCCUCUCUGCCACCGUGUCCCUCCUGCUUUCGGUGGUGGAGACCAUGCCCCAGACUCUUUCUGACUUCAGCGAGUUCAGCCUCCCUCCAGAGGUCUCCUCCUCCUCCCCGCUCACCCUCUAUCUCCUUGUCUCCCUGGGCUCCAUCUCCUUCACCUUCCUUCUCGCCAUCCUCAUUCUCACAGCCAUUCGCUGCCGCGGAGAGCGGCGUUCCCGCCAGGGGGACAGCUGCUCGCCACCUCGCUGCCACUGCUGUCCCGGGUCCAGACCCUCCUCUGAUGGCCUCAAGACUUCCAACCUGACGGCACAGCCCCCUGCGGGGACCACGGCUGCCACCUGCCUUGAUGUGCCUGCGGGCGGCCCCCCAGGCUACUGCUACAAGGUCUGCCUUGGUCCUGAGUCUGCUCAGAGUGACUUCAUGUUCCUCAAACCCUGCAGCCCCCCCCGGAACAACGAGAAGGAUCCCGGGAAGCGGUCCCGGCCAGACCAGCAUCUCCAGGUCUCCAAAGAGGCCAAGCAGCCCAACAUGGACUGGCUGCCUCCGAGCACACAGAGACCUGCCCUGAAAAGCUCCCAGAGCCUGGAAGAUGUGGGAGAAAUCCACAGAGCCCUCCAGAAGGAGCACGAGAGGCUGUGCACACUGGUGACCCCGGUCUCUGAGUUUCAGAAGGCUUCAGCAGGCCCCAACAGCAUCUGGACACCCCAGUACAGCCCCUUGUACCCAGCCCUGGAUUAUCAGCACAACGUUUACAUCCCUGGCACCCCCACUCUGCUUUCCAGCAAGGAUGGGCCCCCCUUCCCAGGUCGGGAGAAUAAAAACAGCUUCUCCACCUUUGGCAAGAGGAAGAAGAUGACAACUUACUGUGACAUGCAUGACAGUGUGGUUAUCAACAACGACCUGAAAUAGCCUGGAUGGCUCUGUCCUUGGAAUCUUCUGCAUUAUUUCAGCUGCCAGGUCCACCCACAGCACACGCCUCCAUGUAUGGACCACUCAAGACUUUAUGGAGAUGCUGGGAGAGUGGCUCAACAGAGCAUGUGGGAAGGAUUUAAGGAGCAAGAGAUUGAAAAUUACAGGGAUUGGGGGGUGGUGGUGAGGGGAAUUUCUCCCAUCUCAUCUUGCAGAGCUGUAUUGGCAGCAGGUGCUGUUUGAGGUCCAUAUGACCAGAUUUAAGCAAAUCUGCCUUGAGUUUACCCAUUCCCAUGUCCCCUUAGGGACCAUUCAGCUCUGUAAACAUUGUCACUUCUUUGUCUUGUCUGGCUGUGUGAAUGUACUGAGCUGCAUGCCCGUAUCUCUGUCCCAGCAGGCAUGGAAAGUGUGUGCAGACCAAGCCUGGUUCAGCCAAGCCUGACCUUACCCACUGGGACAGUGACCAUUGCUCUGUCCCUGAGAUCCAGUGGGAUGUGUUGCAUGUCUAGAGCAGCAAUUGGUGUCUGUUUUCUCUGGGAAGUCAGUACGAAACCCAGCCUUCAUGAGUGCUUCUCUUCAAGCCCUGACCCAACACUUGCAGGGCUGGACAUGCCAGCUCCAGGGCAGAGCCAGCCUUUGCUCAGGAGCAGCACGUGCACACACAGACUGGAUGGCCAGAGGGGCUGCUAGCUUAAGCACCUGAGAGAUGCACAAGGUGAGGCCCUGCUGGGCAGCUCUCUAGCCCAAGGCAACAUCAUCUGAAUGAAAAACAGUUUCCAGCCAUUGGAGUGACCCCAGCACAGGUGACAGUCUCUUCCCUCCAGCCCCUGCCCUCGCUUGUAUCUCUGUGUUCCCCAGGUCCUGAAUGCCUGGAGGAACCCCUGCUCUGGUGCACUGGGGGACCUGCGCAGGACAAACAUCUCCAAGUGUGCCCUGUUUCUCUUUUAGAACCUUUAGCUGGCAGUCAGGAGCCCUCAAGGGCAGGACUCCAGCCCCAGCGCGGUCCCUCCCCUGCCUUGUGCACCCUGCACCUGUCCACCAGUCUGUCUGUCAUCAUUGCCAAUUGCUCUGGUCAUGGGACAGUUCAUUUUGAAUCCAUCUGUGCAGAACAUGUCAGCUCUUUCUAAACUGAGUUUGUUUCACUCUGUCU